CCCAAGCAAGUCUGACAGUCGCUUGCUCGUUAUAGUACAUCGCUGGUGUUUGUGUGAGAAUCUCCUACUCUCGCAUUCGCUUCUCAUUCCGCAAACUUGUGCAUCACACGUCGUCUCCGCGUAGAUUCACCUCCAACACGCAACAGCUCAGGGUACGAAAGUUGACCCCGCAGAGGAGGGAGUCAGAGGAGAAAUGUCACGACUUCACGUUACCAACGACUACGUGCUAGAACUCAACAAUGUCUAUCACGCAGGACAGAUGGAGGCAUCAACUUGUUUGGAGAAAAUGGUCGGCAAUAGUUCCGUAGGCGUCGUGUUGAAGGACGUUUCUGUUGAGGUACACGGCGGCGAAUUAAUGGCCGUCCUCGGCUCCAAAGGUAGCGGUAAGAAAACGCUGCUGGAUGUGAUCGCCCGCCGGGCGCAAGGACCAACUCGCGGUCAAAUUCUGUUGAACGGAGUUCCCAUGUCGAUGCGUUUGUUCCAAGACAGCUGCGCUUAUGUCGGCCGCAAAUGCCAUCUCUUGGAAGGACUGACUACUAAACAAACUCUGUACUACGCUGCUCAUCUUACCAUAGGUUCCAAAGUGUCCAGUUAUGUCAAGUCCACUCGAGUCAAACAGGUUAUGGCCGACCUUGCGUUGAUUCACGUAGCAAAUCACGGAGUUCACUCGCUCAACCAGAGCGAAUACAGACGACUCGCCAUCGGCAUUCAAUUGUUACGCGAUCCAGUCGUCAUUUUGCUUGACGAGCCGACCGGUGAUUUAGAUCCGUUACACACCUACAUGGUGGUUUCCAUCCUAUCGAAUCACGCCAAAAAAUACAAUCGCAUCGUUGUGCUGAGCACGGAGAAGCCCCGUUCCGACAUAUUCCCGUUCCUGGACCGCGUGACGUACCUAUGCCUGGGCGACGUCGUCUACACGGGAGCCACGCGUAUGAUGCUGGAUUACUUCCGUCAUUUGGGAUUCCCCUGUCCGGAACUGGAGAAUCCGCUCAUGUUUUACCUCUGUUUAUCGACGGUGGAUCGACGCAGUCAGGAACGUUUCCUCGAGUCCAGUAAUCAAAUCGCAGCGCUGGUCGAUAAGUUCCGCAUGGACGGCCGGCCGUUCCGGAAAUGUGCCGUCUCCUAUGCCGAUCACGUCAUGGAAACGGAACACCGACUGCCUUUGACAGCCUACGGACGGCCCACGACGACCCAAGUGUUGACCAACCUCAUGUCGCGCGAAUGGGCCGUCCUCUGGAAUUGCGGAUCGCCCAUUGGACGCAGCCAAUUCUUCCUGCGUUUGCUUCUCUUGCCCGUCUUCUUCUUCCUCCUAUGGAUUUUCUAUUACGAACUGCCGCUGAACCAACAAUCGUACGCUUCUCGCAACGGACUGCUGUACAGCUGCCUGGCCGCCACCAUGUUCCUUUCCGUUGCUUCGACAGUGGCCGUUCAUCCGGCCUUGCGUACCCGUUAUUACCAAGAAUCGAGGGACGGUUUCUAUUUUGGCCCGUCUUUCAUUCUGGCUCGCAGUUUGGCUUCGCUGCCGCUAUCGGUGGCCACCGUAGCAGCCGCUUCUGCCAUCAUUUACUUUGGCAUGCCCAUGUCGACUAACCCGUUCCAGUACCUGCUGUUCGGGUCGACUCUGUGGGCCGUCCAUUAUUUCAUGGAGCAGCAAACGAUGGCGCUGUUGAUGCUCGUCAAGAGCUCAUUCAACGCGGCGUUGACCUCCCUCUUCCUCGGCAUUGUCUACCUUAAUGUGGGCAGUGCCAUGGUUCGCGCCGUACCUGGGUUGCCGGAUUACCUUUAUUAUCUGACGUACGUCACUCAGUCCCGUUACGCCGCUGCCGUUUUAAAUGAGCAGCAUUUUCGCAAUUUCUCGUCGUUACCGUCAGUCCUUAAUUCGACUCUGUCCAUACCUUGCCCUUCCGGGACCACCUUCUCCAAUUAUGGUUGUCGUUACUCCAACGGAACGCACUACCUGAUGGAACGUUACCAUCUAACGCAUCCGCCUUACGACGAUGACCUCCGUUUCUGGCUUAAUUUCGGACUCAAUUUCCUCUUCACUGGCGCCAUGUUCUUUGCAAACAUUAUUUUGCAUAUCGUACCGCUGCCGGCUUUCGUCAAAUCCAAAUUCCGUGGAUGAUUUCUCUCGUCUCCACGUUGACACGACAUCCCACUAUUUGUAUCGCCUUUUGUAAAGGAUGCACUGUACAAAAAAUGAAAUUUUAACUCGUCUGUUUAUACAUGUAUUAUUAUUACCAUAAUUAUUGUACACGAAAAACUGAUUCAUUA